AUAACUUACAAUGUCAGUGCUUUGAUAUCUAAUUUCUUGUAUUAGUUUUUGGUGUUAUAAUCAGAUUUUUGAACUGGCUGUAUGUAGGCUUGGUUAAUUUUUAAUUUCUCAUACAAUGCAUUCUAUGUAAUUACUUUGCCAAUACAAAGCUCACAGACCUCAGCCUUAGCGUACCGACACUUCAGCUGGAGAGUGUGUAUCACUUUGCGCUUUUAAAUAAUUUAACACAGCAGUGCCCAAGAGUGGAGGUGAAAUUAAUCCUGUUCACUGACACCAAUCACCAGCCAGGUCACCUUUAGCAAUCAAGAAGGCCCUGCCCCCUUUUGCUUCAAAAACAUCCAAUCAGAGAAAAUGUAAUAAUGGUCCAAAAGUUAGCGUUCACUACGAACAAAUGCAACAUUUUAUUCAGUUGAUCUUCAAUAUGUGACACCAUACAGGCCUAUUUCUUCCUCUCUGUGAAGGAUACAUUCAAUUUUGUUAGCAAUUUGGGAUUUGUGUUCCUGAAAUAAAGUCCAAUUUGGGAUGGACUUUAUUUCAGGAACACAGAAGGUGCCCAAAAACGCUGUCUGCCUCGGCAGCCUCCUCCCUAAUGGAACACAGUGGCAUUUUGAAGCGGCUGCUAUUACAAUAAAGUGUGUCAAAUAUCGAGGUAUAUCACGUAACUGAUUAUCAGACAUCUAAUAUUUGGCCUUGAUCAGACACUUGGACUUAAUCUUUCAGGUUUUGGUUGUAAGUGCCCUCGGCUAAUAAGAAUGCGAAGUGCACACUGCUGUGGUUCUCCCGAUGUGCUGUAAAUAAAUGUGCCAGUAAGACAAGCACAAGACAAGCACAUAGCGAUAGUGCUAUACAAGUGUUUCCAUUUCAGGAAUAGCGCAAAGUUGUUGUAAACAAAGAAGAAGAAUAUAGAGAUGUUAAAGCAUGAUCUUAUCUGAGCAGAGAAGCAUUAUAGCAGAAUUAAAGCAGAAUCCAAUCUGAACAUAGAGCUGUUAACGUAACAUCUAAUCUGAGCCUGGAGCUGUAGAAUCCAAUCCAAGCAUAGAGCUGUUAACAAAAAAUCCAAUCCAAGCAUAGAGCUGUUAACAUAAAAUCCAAUCUGAGUAUAGAGCUGUUAACAAAAAAUCCAAUCCAAGCAUAGAGCUGUUAACAUAAAAUCCAAUCCAAGCAUAGAGCUGUUAACAAAAAAUCCAAUCCAAGCAUAGAGCUGUUAACAAAAAAUCCAAUCCAAGCAUAGAGCUGUUAACAAAAAAUCCAAUCCAAGCAUAGAGCUGUUAACAUAGAAUCCAAUAUGAGCACAGAGCCAUUAAAGCAGAAUCCAGUCUCAGCAUAUUGCCGUUAACAUACUAUCCAAUAUGAGCACAGAGCUGUUAAAGCAGAAUCUAAUCUAGCACAGAAAAUAGAAUCCAAUCUGAGCAUAAGGGUUUUUAAAAGAGGAAUCCAAUCUAAGCAUAGAGCCAUUAAAGUGUCUGAUAAUAGAGCCUUUAAAUUUGAGCCAAACAGAAAUUUGCAGAAUCCAAUCUGAGCAUAGAGCCAUUAAAGCAGAAUCCAAUUUGAGCAUAUAGUUUUUAAAGCAGAAUCCAGUCUGAUUGUAGAGCUGUUAAAGCAGAAUCCAAUCUGAGCAUAGAGCUCAUAAAGCCAUUAAAACAUCCAAUCCAAAUAUAGAGCCAUGAAGCUGAAUCCAGUCCAAACACUGAGCUGUAAAACAAGGUCCAAUCUGAGUACAGAGCUUUUAAAGCAGAAUCUAAUCCAAACAUAGCACUGUUAAAGUGAAGUCCAAUCUAACCAUAUAACUUUUAAAAGCUCAGCGCUAAUGGAAGAUGAAUGAAUGAAUGAAUGAAUGAAUGAAUGGAUGGAUGGAUGGAUGGAUGGACGGAUGAAUGUCACUAAGUUGUGUAGCGUGAUCGGAUGGAGGAUGAGUAGAGAGAAUAGGGAUGAAUAUCGGCCAAUCAGAGAGUGAGAUUAAACUGGUGGGUGGGGCCAACAGAGGCAUAACAUCACCGUUUCAGUCAGAAUAAAGUCAUUUACGUGUCGUACCCAAACGACGGUGGAUUUGUAGCAGUGGCACGUAGCCAGACUGAAAGCACGCGCAGCUGAAAGAGAAGGGUUGCACUGGUCAUUAAUUGUUCAGCACACAUUCCUCCACACGCUACGUCAUUUAUUAAUGACUGUGGAGCGUGUUCAGUUUCACUGUGCAACUGCAGACACGGCGUUACAGCAGCGAGGCGCCCACUCAGAGGAUUAAAAAUACAAUACACAAACAUCUGUAUAGGAAAAUGAAUUCAUCCCAACCGGCGUGCCGUCCUAACAAUGCGUCAUUUCAAACGCCACAGGACCAAAGCCUCAGGCGGAUGGACGUCUUCGUCUCACGGUCCUGUAGACGGAUGGGACACGGUGUCCAGUAGAGACGAGCGUGACUGCUUCAUCGAUCACGUCUCCCAGCCGAGUUCUCUGGAGGAAGUGCGUCUCGGGCUGGAGGGCGAUAAGUUAGCGCCCCGGAAAGUUGAAAUGAGACGAGACCCGGUUUUAGGCUUCGGCUUCGUGGCAGGAAGUGAAAAGCCUGUUGUAGUUCGUUCUGUCACUCCAGGCGGUCCAUCAGAGGGAAAACUGAUUCCCGGAGAUGAGAUCAUUAUGAUCAAUGAUGAACCAGUCAGCAGCGCCCCUAGAGAGCGAGUGAUCGACCUGGUCAGGAGUUGUAAGGAGGCCAUUGUGUUGACGGUUAUUCAGCCGUACCCUUCGCCCAAGUCUGCCUUCAUGAGUGCUGCCAAAAAGGCAAAGCUGAAAUCGAACCCGGUAAAAGUUCGAUUUGCCGAAGAGGUCAUCGUUAAUGGUCAAAUUCCUGAAACGGUGAAGGAUAAUUCGCUUCUCUUCAUGCCAAAUGUUCUGAAAGUGUACCUUGAAAACGGCCAGACAAAAUCAUUCAAGUUUGACAGCAACACCUCAAUUAAGGACGUCCUACUGACGCUGCAAGAGAAGUUGUCCAUUAAAAGCAUUGAGCAUUUUUCUCUGAUGUUGGAGCAGAAGAUGGAAAAUUCUAACACAAAGUUGGUGCUCCUGCAUGAGCAAGACAUGCUAAGUCGGGUGACUCAACAACCUGGCUCGCACAAGAUGAGAUGUUUAUUUCGCAUUGCUUUUGUACCAAGGGAUCCAGUGGAUCUUCUCCGUCGUGACCCUGUGACCUUUGAGUAUCUCUAUGUGCAGAGCUGUAAGGAUGUUGUUCAGGAGCGUUUCGGGUCAGAGCUGAAAUAUGACACAGCGCUUCGUCUCGCUGCUCUUCAGAUGUACAUCCUCACAAUCAGCACCAAACAAACUCAGAAAGUCUCCCUCAAAUACAUUGAAAAAGAGUGGGGGUUGGCUCUGUUUCUUCCUCCGGCAGUUUUGUCCAGCAUGAAAGAGAAGAACAUCAAGAAGGCCAUCGCACACAUUCUGAAAACGAAUCAGAACCUGGUGCCUCCUGGGAAAAAGUUGACGGCGCUGCAGGCCAAAGUUCACUACCUGAAGUAUCUCACUGACCUGAGACUGUAUGGAGGAAGAGUGUUUAAGUCCACACUGCUGCAAGCAGAGAAACACACAGAGGUGACACUUCUAGUUGGGCCACGACAUGGAAUUAGCCACGUCAUCAACACCAAAACCAACAUGGUGGCCCUGCUGGCCGACUUCAGCCACGUUAACCGCAUCGAGAUGUACACAGAGGACGAGAGGAACGUCAGAGUAGAGCUCCACGUGCUCGACGUGAAGCCCAUCACGCUAAUAAUGGAGUCCAGUGAUGCAAUGAAUCUGGCAUGCCUUACUGCGGGUUACUACAGACUGUUAGUGGAUUCACGGCGCUCCAUCUUUAACAUGGCCAACAGCACGUCUGGCCAUGAUUCCCGGGAAAAGCACAAUUUUCAAGCGAUUGAGUGGAACUAUGGCUCCUGUACUGGGUGCGAGGACCACAGUGGUAGGCUCUCUGACCCAGACUCCACCCCCAUGUAUAUCACUGAGCUCCACCAAGCGCAUCGGGCAAGCAGGGGCACCUGUAUGCAAACCCAUGCCCACACGCAGCCCUUUUUCAAGUCUGACGAUUCACCCAAGAGCGCCAAGGUGUCUUUUAUAUUCGGAGAUGCUCCGUUGGAUAGCGUGAAUCCCCAGCAUUUGGGUUACCAAAGGUUGAUGGAGGACAUUCCAGAGGUUUUGGAUGAUCAACGGCCACUUUAUCUGCAUCAGGAUGACUAUAAACCCUUGGAUUCUUGUUUGGAUAUGGAUGGCUUCCAGUAUGGGAAUCACAUGGUCUACGGCGACGGUAAAAUCUUUGGUACCACUGAGGGAAUCGAGGAGCCGCUCCUGCAUGAUAUCUGCUACGCCGAAACCACCGAUGAUGCCGAGGACGAAGACGACAUUAGUUGUGAGGAUGACAUGUCAAUGAUGGCGAUGGCGGAUUCUCGAGAAAGAGCUCUGUCACUGCUUUCCCUGUCGGAAUCUAGCGACGAUAUCAUCGACCUGACUUCUCUUCCACCGCCACCAGAGGGAAACGAUGUAGAAGACAACGAUGUGCUUUUGCAGUCGCUAAACUUGGCCAUAGCCGCUCCACCACCCGGAUUCAGGGACAGCUCAGAUGAAGAUGAGCACCAAGGAGAACCAGCGAGGGAGAAAAGAAACUUGGACAUCCCGGUGUCACUAAUUGACUCUGUUCCGAUGAACGUGGACAGAGGGACAGACGAAGUGUUGGAUGAUGCUGUCGUUUCCACUUUGCAAGCGCUAGAAGCUUUGGCAGCCUCCGAAGAUCAGUCCCACCCACAAUUGGACAAUAAUUCAGGUGUAGAAAUAUCUCGAUCCUAUAGUCCUGAGUCUGCUUCGGAUUCUGGAAAUGAGACGAAUUCCUCCGAAAUGACAGAGAGCUCAGAGCUAGCAGCAGCUCAGAAACUCUCAGACAAUCCACUGAAAAUGUUUGUGGCCACUGCUGAAGGGUAUCAGACGCUGGACGCAGAGAAAACAGAGUUUCGUUUGAGGGCCAUGUCUAGAAACCAGGAGGAAGAACUGAAGUCCACAGCUGUAGCUUCACGUCAGGCCCUCCAUUCAGACCACUUGGAGAUGGAGCCUGAAACAAUGGAGACCAAAUCGCUGUCUGAUUACUUCAACAAAAUGCACAUGGAUGCCAUGAUGGGCAAGAGACAAGGAAAAGUCGAUGAGGGAGACUGCAGAUUGGGAGUUGCUAGCAAAAAUGAAUCAUCGCAAAUAAAGACAGUUGGCUCUAAUGUAGAGGAUGUUGUUGGGAGAUACAACAAUGUCAAUUCAAGAGAACCUCUUCACACAGGGUUUGACCUGCAAAGGACGCCUUUUCCAUUUCAGGACAAGAACGUACGAUCACAACAGAUCCCGAACUGCAAAGCAGAGGAGCACAUUUACUCUAAGACACCAAAGUGUGGCAGCUCUAACACCAUAGCUCCAAGUAGUCUCAGAGGAUCUCUGAUGGACCUGAACACUCGCUCAGCUGCAGAAGAUGCUUACUUAAUCGAGCAAGCCACACACGAACAGCAAAGUAAGGUACUGUCAUCAAGUAAGGUACUGUCAUCUGAGAAGGAAGUGACGCGGUUGUACGAUUACCACUUGCCGAAGAGGAUGUCCUCGCUCCAGAGCGAAGGAAUUCAUUCCCUGCAGAGCUCGCAGUGCUCAUCCAUCGAUGCGGGAUGCAGUACAGGAAGCAGCAGCUGCGUGACGCCCAUGGAUUCACCACUCUGCACUGCCGAGAACAUCCACCUGAUCAAUGAAUCUUCUUUGAAAGGCCUCGGAUACCCAAAUGCAGAAGAAAAAGGAUACAGUCAAAGUCCACAUCGCAAACUCGUCCAUCAGACUUUAGAUGCCGCAUUUUUACGAAAGCACCAUACAACGCCUGGUACAGAGUCCAGCUUGGGACGCGAUGGAUGCCAAAGGAUGGCCAAGAUUAGAGAAACUACAGUGUAGUGUGCUGACGAUGGCGCUGAAACAUAAGGCUUUUCAUUUAAGUGCACCUCAUCUACACCAGUCCUGGCCAUUCAUGCAUGGCACAGACUCUUACGUGCCAAAACCAGAGGUCUGUAGAGAUCUUCCCCUUCUUGGACUGACUCUCUGGUUGCCUCAGGAAGGCGGAGAUGGAAUUUCCCUUCAACUUCCGUGGAAAGCGUUGGCAACAGUUUUUUUCAUGGAAACUAUUUUGGCUCAGGGAGCUUUGUUGGAACUUUAAAAGAACCAAAAGUGUGUGCAAUUCUGGACAGCUCUCGUUUAAGAAAACCCCAGCUGGUCAUUUGCAUUUUUGUGAUGGAAGAUGAAAUUCGUCAGGCCAAGACAUGCCAUGAUUUACCUGGUAGAAACGUGGUGAAUAAUCAGGCGUGAUUUAGAAAGUACGACGUACCUACUGACAAUUAUUAUGAACUUGCCCGUCCCUUUCUGAAAGCUGUACUGGUAUUUUAUAGUAAGAAAUGGAGAUGAAGUUGAUCAGGUCAUGGUGUGUUAUAACUUGCUGGCUGGCUUUACAUUGUGCGAUUUUUCAGUCCACAAACAAUCGUAAAAGAAUUCUUUGGUCGCGAGUUGAGGUCUUAAUAUCACCAACAGCUGAUUUAGUGCCAUUGCGACCAAAGACAACCGUCAACAAAGUUGUGUCUUUGUGAGAAAGUUUUUAAAAAAAUCUCAGAGUGUGACAGCUAGCGAAUCAUGGGAAUCUGUGAGUUCAGGUAUGUGGAAGGGGGCGGAUAGCGCUUUCCUCCUUGGAUGAAAGCUUGUGAUGCAGCAGUUCAAAAAGUUGCAGCUGGCUGGCUUCACGUGUCUCAGAGGGAGCACGUGUUAGCCUUCACUCUCCCUGGAUGAUAGGAGAGAGCUGGCUAGUGGGUGGAAACUGGCAGGUGAAAUUCUAACACUGCCAGAACUUUGUCUUUGGCUGUCAUUGGUCGCAGUGACUGUCGGUGAACGCGUCACAUUCUACGACUGCCAAACUCAAUUCACGACCAAAGAAUUCUUCUACAAAAGCUGGGAUUCAGAAAGGGAAAUAAUCUCUCCAACUCAUAGGAAAAGUGGGCUUCUGUGUGAUUUCCAGCAUCUGAUACUAAUUAGCACUUGUUUCUGACUAAAAAGUUACUACUGCGCAGUUCUGAAGUAAUGAAGUCAGUCAGGAAAGGAAAACUUUCAGCACAAGAAACCUGAAAAUGAUGACCCUCCCUCCUCCACUUGCUCUAACAUCCCAGACUGACGACCAAAGCAGCUCCUUUUACGACACCUUUGACAUUUCCGCGUGGGAUUUGCAGCCAUUUUGAUCUCAUUCUGGAAAAAAAAAAAAAGAAAAGGACGCCGCUGACUUUCAGCUCCUUCAAAGCCAUAAUUUGACCCGUGAUCAUCACUGACAUCAUCACGUGGUGGUCGGUGAAAUCCAUUUAAUUUGGCCAGCGUGCUUUGAUAAAAUCCAUGCCUUGUGUAUAUUUUAUGUAAUCUGUAAAGAAAAUAAAUUAUAUAAUACAUAGAAUUUUUAAAACAGGAAAUCUAUAAUUCUUAAACCUUGGGUUAUGCCUAUGUUCCAGUGAUGAUAUUAAAAAUAUGAUGUGUUCUGAAUGUUCAGAAACAGCACACUUGCAGCUUAUUUGCUUGGUUAAUUAUGUACAAAUGCUUCAGUCGUAGAAUGAAAAAAAAAAACAAAAAAAACUUUUGCAUAUUUCUGAAUUCCUUACAUAAGUCAAAUGUGGUUUAUUUGCAUUAUCAAGCGUAUUAA